GUGCGGAAGGGAGCGGGACCCGCCGCUGGUGCCCGGUGCGGAGCGGAGCGACCGGGACCCGCCGCGGGGCAGAGCCGGCCGGGCGGGGGGAGCCCCGGGGGGCGGCUUUUCGGUGUGGGCUUUUCGCCUUGCUGCGCCGGCGGGGUGCGGAGAGCGAGCCGCUGAGCGGGGUAGCGCGGGGGUUCGGGUGGGAAACCCAGGCAGCUCCCCUCUGGGUGUGUUUCUGGGGGUUGUUUUGGGGGUUUUGUUGCGUUUGGGUUUUGGGGUUUUGCUUGGUUGGGUUUUUUUUUUUUGUUGCUUUGUUUUUUAAUAGGGCACGGAGGAAAACGUUAGUGCACAAUGCUGAAAUCGGUGAUCUGGUCGCUGAGGCAGGUAUCUGAAAAGCGGCAGUCACUGGAGCCGCUACAUUACUGUCGUUCUUCGUGCUAGCGUGAGGUUUAUGUGCCUUUGGGAGGAAGGUCACUUUUUACCCACCCCCCCCCAAUCCCACCCUCUUUUCGCGAAGCCGUGCAUCAGCAGCAUGAAUUCCAAGAAGCAGUAGGUGUUUCUUGGCAUUUCAACUGGGAUUUUGGAAAGGGAAGCAGGGUAUUUAAUGGGGAAAAAAAAAAAAUUGCAAUGGAAGGAAGGGAUGCGGAGGCUGCGCGCAGCCCUGGGUUUGCAGGCGUGUGGAAGUUGUUGAAAUAGGUGAAGGGUUGAAAUCGGCAUUUGGAAAAUGGUGACUGUUUCUUUAGUUACUUGUGUGAUGGACGAAUAUAAGGGAAAAUGGGGCCACUAAGAAUUUUUCCUGUGUUGCGGUUUGCUGUCAGCAGAAGCGUAAGAACAAAGUGAGCAGCUGCACCUUUACCAAAGCAACCACCUGCGUUCCUCCUCUCCACUGGAAUGGACAAUGGGAUGGUCUCUGGCUUUAUCAUGAUCAAAAACUUCUUCCUCUUCUGCGUUUCCAUGAGUUUAGCCAGCCACUUUGGCUUCUCGCAAACACCAACAGCAUCAGGAAAAGAGGAUACCAAUGAUAACAUCACUAUAUUCACCAGGAUCUUGGAUGGUCUGCUGGACGGCUACGACAACCGACUGCGCCCGGGACUGGGAGAGAGAAUAACUCAGGUGAAAACAGACAUCUAUGUUACCAGUUUUGGUCCUGUGUCAGACACGGAAAUGGAAUACACCAUUGACGUUUUUUUCCGACAAAGCUGGAAAGAUGAAAGGCUGCGAUUCAAAGGACCUAUGCAACGCCUCCCUCUUAACAACCUGCUCGCCAGCAAGAUUUGGACCCCGGACACUUUUUUCCACAAUGGCAAGAAGUCCAUUGCUCACAACAUGACAACCCCAAACAAACUUCUGCGCCUGGAGGAUGACGGCACUCUGCUGUAUACCAUGAGAUUGACCAUCUCUGCUGAAUGUCCCAUGCAGCUUGAAGAUUUCCCAAUGGAUGCACAUGCUUGCCCAUUAAAAUUUGGAAGCUAUGCUUACCCCAAUUCUGAAGUGAUCUAUGUGUGGACUAAUAGCACCACAACAUCUGUGGUGGUGGCUGAAGAUGGUUCACGGCUUAACCAGUACCACCUGAUGGGACAAACUGUAGGGACUGAAAACAUCAGUACCAGUACAGGCGAAUAUACUAUUAUGACAGCCCAUUUUCAUCUGAAAAGAAAAAUUGGUUAUUUUGUCAUCCAGACGUACCUUCCUUGCAUUAUGACUGUGAUCUUAUCGCAAGUGUCGUUUUGGCUAAACAGAGAAUCUGUCCCUGCUAGGACUGUCUUUGGAGUAACAACAGUCCUCACCAUGACCACCUUAAGUAUCAGUGCCCGUAACUCUUUGCCAAAAGUGGCCUACGCUACUGCAAUGGACUGGUUUAUAGCUGUCUGCUAUGCUUUUGUAUUUUCUGCAUUGAUUGAAUUUGCAACAGUCAACUAUUUCACCAAGAGGAGUUGGGCAUGGGAUGGCAAAAAAGCCCUGGAAGCUGCUAAAAUCAAGAAAAAAGAGCGCGAAUUGCUGGGAAAUAAAUCAACUAAUACUUACAGCACUGGGAAGAUGACCCCUGCACCAAACAUGCCAAAGGACUCAGCCCCAUCUGUCAUCUCGAACACUGCAUCUGCUCCAGUGAAGUCUGCAGAAGAAAAGCCCGCUGAAAGCAAAAAGACUUACAACAGCAUCAGUAAGAUUGACAAAAUGUCCCGGAUAAUUUUUCCAGUGCUGUUUGGAACUUUUAACUUAGUUUACUGGGCCACAUAUUUGAAUAGGGAGCCUGUUAUUAAAGGUGCCAAUUCUCCAAAAUAA